AACGCGCCAUGGAGGGGUAUAGUGCGAGAAGUGGGAGUUGACACAAAAUAUAAGGUUUGACUUGAUACGCUCUUUUCCUUAGUGGGUGUUUGGCUAAACGCCGCACGGUGGUCCCGCAUGGUUGUGUACAUCGGGUGAAUUUCCGUGGAGGGAACAUCCACGGAGCACACUGGAUCUGCGCGGACUCACUGCUGGCACGGCAACUUGGUCUGCUAGCCACCUCACCAGCUAACUCCAGAUCUUGUCCCCAUCCUUCCUGAGGCUAAGAGGUGACGUCUUGCACACCCUCAUCCACGGUUAUGGCUUUAGUGCUUCCCUACUGCCCUGUGAAGAUCGGUCCCGCUUCUAACUAACUCAGGAUGAUGUGACGCCAUGUAAACCUCACGCACGCACAACCAAAGAAAGCACGCAGCACCAGGAGCAAAAAUGUCCAUCACCAGCACGCCUACCAGCAACGAUGCCUGUCUGAGCAUCGUGCACAGCCUGAUGUGCCACAGACAGGGGGGUGAGAGCGAGACCUUUGCCAAGCGGGCCAUCGAGAGCCUGGUGAAGAAACUGAAGGAGAAGAAAGAUGAGCUCGAUUCGCUCAUCACAGCCAUAACCACAAAUGGAGCUCAUCCAAGCAAGUGUGUGACCAUUCAAAGGACUCUUGAUGGUCGCCUGCAGGUGGCCGGACGUAAAGGCUUUCCUCAUGUGAUCUAUGCCCGGCUGUGGCGAUGGCCUGACCUACACAAGAAUGAACUGAAGCAUGUCAAAUACUGCCAGUUUGCCUUUGACCUGAAGUGUGACAACGUGUGUGUUAAUCCCUAUCACUAUGAGAGAGUGGUGUCUCCAGGCAUCGACUUAUCAGGACUGACCCUCACCAACUCUGGACCCAGCUCAACACCAAUUGUCAAGGAUGAGUACGAUUUUGACGGCCAGCAGAGUCUGUCCUCCAUUGAUGGAGGGCACUCUCUCCAGACCAUCCAGCACCCCCCAUCCGGCGGUCGCCCGGCCCCGCCUGACCCAUUUCAAACCCCAAGCAUGCUCCCACCCUCAGAGGCCUCCACCUCUGCCUCCACCUCGUCCUACCCGCCGAUGGCAGCAGGAUCAGGCAAUGCGAACGCCAACUGGUCCAGGAGCAGUAGCUUCCCCCCCAACAUACCCCACCACAGUAACGGCCAUCUACAGCACCACCCCCCCAUGCCACAUCCCACCCACUACUGGCCAGUCCACAAUGAGCUUGCUUUUCAGCCUCCGAUAUCCAGUCAUCCAGCUCCUGAUUACUGGUGUUCCAUUGCGUAUUUUGAGAUGGACGUUCAAGUCGGGGAGACUUUUAAGGUGCCCUCCACCUGUCCCGUGGUGACGGUGGAUGGCUAUGUGGACCCCUCUGGAGGAGACCGAUUCUGCCUGGGCCAGCUUAGUAAUGUCCAUCGCACCGAGGCCAUCGAGAGAGCACGGCUUCACAUCGGUAAAGGGGUCCAGCUGGAGUGUAAAGGCGAGGGGGACGUGUGGGUGCGCUGCCUCAGUGACCACGCAGUCUUCGUUCAGAGCUACUACCUGGACCGGGAGGCGGGCCGCGCCCCUGGAGACGCCGUUCACAAAAUCUACCCCAGUGCAUAUAUCAAGGUGUUUGACCUCCGUCAGUGCCACAGACAGAUGCAACAGCAGGCCGCUACGGCCCAGGCGGCGGCGGCGGCACAGGCAGCCGCUGUGGCCGGGAACAUACCUGGACCCGGGUCCGUGGGAGGAAUAGCUCCAGCCAUCAGUCUCUCAGCAGCAGCUGGGAUUGGGGUGGAUGACCUCCGGAGGCUGUGCAUUCUUAGGAUGAGUUUUGUGAAAGGCUGGGGGCCCGACUAUCCCCGUCAGAGUAUCAAGGAGACGCCUUGCUGGAUUGAAAUCCACCUGCACAGAGCUCUACAGUUACUGGACGAGGUUCUUCACACCAUGCCCAUAGCUGACCCCCAACCUUUGGAUUGAGAUCCAACACCAGCUUCACACCUCUAGGGGCGGUGGAAAGCCUUCCUCAGCGGCCUGCGUCGGGCGGAGAGGACAGUGGAACACAAGUGAAGAUUUCUUUCAGGUGUGGUUGAAGCUCCAGUGUUCACUGUGGCCCAAAAUGUGUCUGGCCAAAGCCGUCUAUUGAAGUUAUGUGUUUGAUAAAUGGCCUUCUCGCCGAUCCUGAUUGGAGCGGUAGACGAAACAUCCAGAAAGUGCGCAAUUGUAAAGCACCAUGCCCACAGAGGACCCGAGGAUUCCAUGGAACUGGAACAGACGCCAACACAGCAAGCAGCCGAUCGCAGGAAGCUCGACACGAAAUAAUGUGAGUGCAGUGUCCGGGCGCUUUUCCGUUUGGGUUUUUUCGACUCUGUGGACGUCUUCUGGAUGAGUGAUGGCCGCCUCUCAGCCCCCUGACGGGGAGAAGUGCACCCAGCCGGAUCAGGACAAGCUGGAUGUUCCCACCAUCCAUAAAGGACAUAACAACAUUUUUAAAAAAGACUCUCCGGUCCGAGGCCAAGUCUCAAACGAGUGUGAGGAUUUGCCCGGGUCACGUUAAACUUCGGCUUUCCGGUCUGAGCUGUGGACGACAUCCACCCGUUAAGCCAGAGGGAGUAGCAGUGAGCGGGGGGGUUGUUUUAUCAGCAGUGCCUCUCUCAACACGUCAUAACUGCACUAACCCCGGUUUGCUUUGCUUUUUUUUUUUUUUUUUUAACGUGUGCAGAUUUCAUAUUUACACUGAUGGUUUUACUGUGACGAUAACUUCUCUGUCGGACGAAGUUCCAGCCACAAGGAGCAGUGGCCGCCUUCAGCCGCGGUCACUUCCUACCAGGGUUGCCUCUAACAGAAAAAAAAAUAAAAAUAAAUUUUGUGUACACAGUCUGAUCAGUGAACCUUAGCCCACGCUCUGGAUGUAUGGAGUGUUUUUAAGACUGUAAUGUUUUUUGUUUUUACAGAUUUUUAAUAUCUGAUUAUGUUUAGAAAUGCUGUAUCUAAUUAUCUAAUGACUUGCAGCCUACUUAUAUACUACUUGAUUCAGGACUGUUGUGUAUAGUUUACUGACAAAGAGAAGAGAGCUUUUGGUUUUUUUUCUCUUUUUAGAUAAUAUCCAGCAAAAUUGACAUAUUUUCUUGGUUUUAUUUUUGUAACUCUUAUCAAGUGAGUUGUAUAUUUGUAGCACUUUACUUUUUCCCCUGUAGAUUUAAGUUAAUAACCACAGUUAACCUACAGGAAAGAAUGAGUUAAUUUAAAGUCAAUGGAGGAGAAAUUGGGUUCAACACUGCUCUGAAAACAUGCUGUAUGUAACACUACGACACCUUUUUUUAUUUUUGUUCCAACGUUCUCACCUCCAUAGCUUCCACACGCAUCUUUCCGGUUUCUUUGGUUGGUCUGAAGUUUUUUUUCUUACUUUUUUUUUUUUACUAGUAAUCCAUUUAAAUAACUUUUUUUGUUUUUUAAAUGCAUGGCAAUGGUUGCAUGGAUUUUUACAAAAGACUCCUAUCCCUUUCUUCCCCCAUUUUUUUCCUCUUUUUUUUUUCUCCUAUGGAGUACUCCACCUGCACUGCAUUACACGGGGAGCUUCAAUCAUGAAGUCUGUUGCUAGUUAAAUUAGCGAAGCUUUCUGGGCUUCUCUGAGGGAAACUACAGAGUUGUAACCUAACAAACAAUACUAACUCACAUUUUAGGGGCUAAGCUUUUAGACAAAUUGGAUCUUCUAAGGCGUAGUUCUAACUGAACAACUCUUCUGGCUGUUCAGGUGUAGCGUGUUUGAGUACCUGCUGAGUACGAGUAGAACAUUUUCUCUCAUAGGAGUUUGAGAAUAAUAAAAUACUUGGAUUCUGAGCCCUAGUUCCUUCUUCUCCCCCUGAUAGAAGCUCCCUGCAAGACAUUGCUUCUUAUAUGUGGUUCUGAAGUCACAGCCCACUGUUUGUCUUUCAUUGUCCACCAUCAUUUAACAUGGCUGAAUAACAAUGACAUGUGCACUGUUGCAGAAAAGUGUCACAGUCUGGUUUUAAGAUGUAUCCAGGAGAUAAAAAUGGCAGGAAAAGAUCCAUGCUGAAUUUGUUUGGAGAAGGAAAAGAAGUGAUAUCUUUUCAAGCAUUAAGUUGGACAGUUGUUUUUAUAUUACUUGCAGUUGACGUCGACUACUGACAGAUUUCAGAUCACUUAUACUGUAUUUCUUUAGUGAGAGUCUACAAUUAAAUACGG